AUGACGGAGAAAAGGACUCAGGCUGAUGCCGGAAGCACCAGAAGCAUCGGCGAGGUUGAACCACACGCCAAUGGUUGGCUUCAACGGGUCCAACACUUCUCAGCUUUGCUAGACCGGAAGUUGCAUAUCGAAAGUCGUGGCAUAGAGCGCGUCCUGCCCACCGAGCGCGAUGAUACUCUCAACUAUUGGGACAUGAUGUUCCUCUGGUUCUCCUGCUCCGCCACGAUCUCGACGGUGGCUACUGGACUACUCGCAGGACCUUCAUGGCUCGGUCUCAGUGUGACGAACGGAUUCCUUGCAGUCUUCUUCGGCACAGCCCUGGGCGCGGCCUGCGCAGCUUACAUGGGCACAUUCGGACCCCGUCUGGGACUUCGACAGAUCAUUCUUGCCCGCUUUGCCUUUGGCUGGUACGGAGGGAAGCUGGUGGCCCUGGUGAACGCCAUCACGGAGCUGGGCUGGUGCUUGGUCGGCGUUGUGAUCGGUGGCCAGAUCCUCAACUAUAUCUCAGGAGGCUCCUGUCCGACAGUGGUCGGGAUCAUCAUUCUCUCAGUGCUGUCCUUCGUCGUUGCGGGCUUUGGAUACAGUCUGGUCCAUUUCUACGAGCGAUAUGCUUUCAUUCCCGGGUUCAUUGCCGCCAUCAUCCUCUGCGCCAUCGCUUCGAGACAUUUCGACUCCGGCGCUCCCAACCUGUACUCCGGAGCCACGUUUUCCGGCAACUUCUUGACCAUGCUUCAGAUCUGCUUCGGUUCCGCUUCUGGAUUUCUGCCUAUCGCAAGUGACUACUAUAUCACCUAUCCUGCGACAACGCCACACUGGAAAACCUUCUCUCUGACAUGGGUGGGCAUUACCGUGCCUAUGGUGUUCUUCCAAUCCGUCGGCCUGGCCAUCGGUGGUGGAAUGGGCACUUACUCCAAAUGGAUGACGGUGUACUCUGAUGAGGGCUACGGAGCUUUGAUCGGAACCGCGUUGAAACCUGUGCAUGGCUUCGGCACUUUCCUUAUGGUCGUCUUCUUCCUUGGGCUUAUCGGGAACAAUAUCCCCAACACCUACUCGGCGGGCCUGUCCAUCCAGGCGCUCACCCACUACUUCGCCAUCGUCCCCCGCCUCUUUUGGACGCUUGUUGCCGUGCUCAUCUAUGCGAUCUGCGGCAUCGCUGGUCGCAACAGCUUGAUGAACAUCAUUAGCAACUUCCUCAGCGUCAUCGGGUACUGGACCAGUGCCUUGUUCAUGAUUGUCAUUGAAGAGGAUCUCAUCUUCCGGCGGAACACCGGUUACGACGUCGAUGCCUACGCAGACAAGCACAGGUUGCCAUGGGGUCUCGCGGCAGUCUUUAGUUUCUUGCUAGGCAUUGUCGGCGCCGUGAUCGGCAUGAACCAGACCUGGUACGUUGGCGUCGCUGCCCGACAGAUCGGGGAGAUGGGCGGUGAACUCGGGGUCAUCUUGGCCUUUGCGUUCACAGGUAUCUCAUACCCUCCGCUGCGAUGGCUAGAACGUCGACACACAGGGAGAUAG